CUAUAUUAAUUAUAUAUUUAUUUCGUUGUUUUUGUGCUUUAUCGACUAAUCGGUACCUCCAAAAACUAGUGCUGAAGCAGCACACUAAAAACCUUUACACAGUUACACCAUUUUUCUCUAUUAUAUCUUCCACGAGUUUUUAUAUUAAUAUCUUGCCAAAACCAAUUGUACCAUUUUUAAAUAUCCAUAUCUCAUCAGUACAAACAAAACGAAAUUGAAGGUUAGGAUCUACUUUUCCUUGCUUCAAUUCAAUUCAAUUAUACGUUUCACAAAAAAAUGUUGGGCUCGACUGCUAGGAUCAUUCGCCCAUUGCCGACUUCCGUCGAGGAUUUUCGCUUCUGGUCAAUGACCACCACGUACAAAGAAGAAAAAUAACCAAUAAUUUGCUCAGCUAGCAAAAAACGAUUCUGACCGAUACCAAAAAAAUCGGCUUCCCCCCGCUUCCACACCGGACCAUCCGGGCCCAUCCGGCCUCCAUACCUGCGUGAACAGGGAACGGGGCCAACGACGAUUAUCACUUUAAAACGUACGCUGAACACUCAAAACACUAAAUCCACACCGUGGAAACCGAUAUCAAACUUAUUGGGACGAAUACAAGGGAUUCUGUCGGGAGCGAACGGAGGUUAAACCGCCGUGUGCAAUGCUCCACCACAGAAUCCUUUUCCUUGCUUAUACGUUCUUAAAAAUGUAAUCUUCUUGAAAGCUCUCUAUCCUUGGAUGAUUUUUCUCCCAAUUACAGUCUUUUUUUUUUAAAUAAACUACUUAACCAUAAAUUGUAAAAGUCAAAUAAACAACACAACGUUUUAAAAUUGUGUUUAUUCGGUAGUUUAUAUGGCAUACCCAAUAAUACAUCUCUCUCUGUCUAACGUACACAGUUAAAUAUAUCAAACUCUUGACUGGAACCUUCGGCACUGCACUAACACACAAUAACGCGUUUUACCACAAACCGAAACUCAAUUUUACGUACCCGACGGGCGUUUCGACAACCAAGUUGGCAUCUUCAGGAGAAGAUUAAAACUCUUAGAGUUAUUGUGUGUCAGUUAAAUAGAGACAACAGUAGCAGAACCGAUCGGAACGACAAACGAAUAGAUUUAAUGCCAACUAGUAAAUAUUUUGUUUCAAUGGUACGAAAUUUAGUAAUCCCAUAAUCUGUUAUUAUUUUUAAUUUGUUAAAUUGUGAUUUUUUCGUGACGGUCGUAGAAAAUGUAUAGUAUGCAACACGUCUGGGAAACUUUUUAAGCCAUUCGCUUAUUAAACACUCGUGAUUCAAAUGCUGUUUACCACAUUUGUUGCAUAAUAUACGAUUUUCACUCUUUUGAUUUCAUGAAUACAGUUUAAUUAUUAUAUCCUAAAGCUUUUACUAUUUGUAAUGACGAAGCCAAGCCCUUUUACUGCUUCGUUAAUAAGCAUCAGUGUAGUGUUUAGUAAAUAUCGUCUUAGACUGAUAUUAAGUGAUAUGAAGUUUCAAAAAUAUUUACAAUUUUGUAUAUUUUUGAUGUAUAAUGAGAAGACGACAGCCGUUAAGGGAAACCUAUAGAUUUAUAGUACUGUAUUUUGAAAAACUAACAGUUUUAAAAGUCAUGUGAUGAUAUUUUCUAUUGGAAAACGGGACCGCCGGUUUUAUUAGAGCCCCUCCGGGCAAAAAAGUUAGGUCUCCGCCGCUGUCCGAUUUUCAUAAAAUACCGCUCAGCGUCCUCCGAAAGAAACAAAAAAAAAUAACCAUGAAUAAAUCCCGUCGUCUUAACGAGCGAGAGGAAAAAAUCGGUCCAAUGACGAAACCGGCCUCACACCCACACCCCGUGCCGAUUGGCCGGAUGACGGCUUACGAAACGGUGCCGACCGCCCGCGGGGGCUCUUUAUCUGCCACCGAAUCUCCGGGCCGACUAAUUGGCGUCGGAAAUUCAUCAGUUGCCAGAAACGGAUCGGGAGCGCGACCAUGUACCACCCCGAUGGUACCGAGUACGCCCGAAACGUCGGGACCGCGUCUCCGUGCCGUGACUGUUUCUGCCCCUGCCGACGGCAGGACGCGCCGCCGCCAGGGUUGAAAUGGGAACAGUUUUUCGACCCCGACGACAACGGGGAGUACGGUUUUUGUGGCGAAAGUUUCGAAAACAGCGACCCACCUCAGGACGCUCGGCAGUGCGUCGGUUACGAAGAAUACGACGUCAAACACGACUUGUUCGAAGUCAAAACGAGAAAGGAACGCACUGCGUUCACGAAAACUCAAAUAAGGGAACUAGAAGUGGAGUUUUCAAGGUCCAAUUAUCUCACGAGGCUCAGACGAUACGAAAUAGCGGUGGCGUUGGAUUUGUCGGAGAGACAAGUAAAAGUUUGGUUUCAAAACCGGAGGAUGAAGUGGAAAAGGACCAAAGGAGGCGAGAGGAUCGGCAAAAGGAUUAAAAAAUCGAUUUGAAAAUCGUCGAUUUUCUUGU